GACAGUCUUGUUCUCCAGCUCUUAGAAGCUAGCUGCUGAUCUAACACCUCCGCACGAAGCCGCAGUUCUCUCCUGAAACCAACUCAGCGAGUUCCAUCAAAUAAGAUGCUGCCAGAUCAGCUGAGCUUUUCCAGCAAAUUGUUUUCGUUAUUGUUCUCUGAAAAGUUUUACUUUGGACUCCGAUUCCUCGCCGUUAGAAUCUGGAUUCGGACACGAGACUGUCCAGCAACUCAGUGCCUGCUGCUCGUUCAGAAUAUUAUUUCCAGUCAUAACGCGGCGAGAGUGUGCUCUUGAAUUGGGAUUGAGUUGUGUUUGUAAAACACACAAUGGCACCAAAGAAGAAAAGCACUAAGAAAAACAAGACUGAAAAGAAUGAUUUACCAAAAAUAAGCAUUGUUGAGGACACUACCAUUGACAUCGAUCAGCUGAACCAUCUUAACACACUCUAUGAUAGUGGAUCAAAUGGGUUUCGAUGCACAGCCACAGAAGUCUCCAAUCCCAAUCAUGGCAACAUCCUUUUGGAGGAAAUCAGCAGGAUGCGCCAGGAGAGACUGUUCUCUGAUCUCACACUAUCCACUAAAAAUAAAUCCUUUGAUGUCCAUAAAGUGGUGAUGGCUGCUUGUAGUGAUUAUUUCCGUAACAUAUUGAAAAAAGAUCCUUCGAUUAAAUGUGUCGAUGUUAAUGAUGUUUCACCUUUGGGUUUAACUACUGUGAUAACCUAUGCCUAUACAGGGACACUCAGCUUGUCUCUUUAUACUAUUGGAUGCACCAUUGCCACUGCCACCCAAUUUCAAAUGUGUACCUUGAUCAAUAUGUGCACUGACUUCCUCAUCCAAGAAAUUAAUGUGGAAAACUGCAUGUACAUUUCAAAUAUUGCUGGGACAUAUGGAUUAAAUCAGGUUAAAGAGUCAGCAAAGAAAUUCAUCCGUGAAAAUUUCUUGGAGUUUUCAGAAAAUGAUCAAUUCAUGAAGCUGACUUAUGAUCAAAUAAGUGAUUUGUUGAUGGAUGACAGCCUGCAAUUGCCCUCUGAGCUCACUGCAUUUCAAAUUGCUAUGAAAUGGUUGCAAUUUGAUUCCAAAAGGGUGAAGCAUGCAGCUGACCUGUUGAGUAAUAUCAGAUUUGGUACCAUUUCAGCGCAUGAUCUAGUCAGUUAUGUUCAACCUAUCCCAUGUAUGAUGCAAGAUCCAGAUUGCCAUCGACUACUAGUAAAUGCCAUGAACUAUCACCUUCUGCCUCAUCAACAGAACUCAAUGCAAUCAAGAAGAACAAAGCUCAGGGGAGGACAAAAGGUUCUGCUAACUGUAGGUGGUCGACCAGCUUUGACUGAGAAGGCUUUGAGUAGAGAAAUCUUAUACAGAGAUCCAGAAAAUGGAUGGAACAAACUUGCAGAAAUGCCAGCUAAAAGCUUCAAUCAAUGUGUAGUUGUGAUGGAUGGCUUUUUAUACGUGGCUGGUGGUGAGGAUCAGAAUGAUGCCAGAAACCAAGCUAAACAUGCUGUCAGCAGUUUAAACAGAUAUGACCCUCGUUUCAAUACGUGGUUUCAUUUGGCCAGCAUGCUUCAGAGGCGAACCCAUUUCAGUAUGUGUGCCUACAAUGGCCUGCUUUUUGCAAUUGGUGGUCGGAAUUCAGAUGGUCCUCUUUUGUCCAUGGAAUGUUACAUCCCUUCCACUAAUCAGUGGCAGAUGAAGGCUCGGAUGGACGUUGCCCGCUGCUGUCAUGCUUCUGCUCUUAGUGAUGGCAAGAUCCUGAUAACUGGCGGCUAUAUCAACAACGGUUACUCUCGUACAGUGUGCGCCUAUGAUCCAACAAUAGACACUUGGAAAGACUAUGCUAGUUUGAGUACACCCAGAGGAUGGCACUGUGCAGUCACUCUUGGUGAUUAUAGCUACGUGACAGGGGGUAGUCAGCUUGGGGCGCAAGGUGAGCGGGUUGAUGUGAUAACAGUUGAACGCUACAAUGCUUAUAAUGGGCAAUGGAGCUACGUGGCUCCCCUAUCCAUUGGUGUAAGCACAGCUGGUGUAACAACCCUGAAUGACAGAAUUUAUCUAGUUGGAGGUUGGAAUGAAAGUGCAAAGAAAUACAAGAGCUGCAUCCAAGUCUACAAUCCAGAUCUGAAUGAAUGGACUGAGGAGGAUGAGCUACCAGAAGCCACAGUGGGUGUCUCUUGUUGCACCAUUAUGUUGCCCAACAACAAACUUCGAGAGUCCAGAGCUAGUUCUGUAGCAUCAGCAGCAAUCAGUAUCUAAUGAGCAGCAUAUCUUAAAUUUUAAGAAACUCUUAAACAGCCAGAUUUCAAAUGUAAACCCCAGUAUUAUCACCCAGUUCUUUCAUCCAUAUGGCCUUACCCAACAUUUUACCUGACAGUGUCUAGAAAAACUUGCAUUAUUGGUUUCAUGGCAGAGCGGGCAGCAGCUGGGUAACUUUGUCUCCUAGCGUUUUCCAAGUGGAUAUCUUUACAGAAGGGUUUGACAAAUCUUUUCACAAUGCCCUAAAAACUCUAACCUGGUGCAUGAAAAUGUUUUAUUUUCCAAAAAAUAAAAAUUGUCAAAUGUUUUCCAUGAAGAUACUGCUUCUUAAAUGUCAAUACAAGUGGCCAAGAUACACAUAUAUCUUAAAUCAAUCAAAAAAUCGUUCAUGGGAUGCAGUAUUCUGCAAGAUCCAACCAGUUAUUGGUCACUUUCUAUCCGUCAUGUUAUUGAUUUGUUAUGAUCUGACACGCUCUGAAGAAUGAAAUCGAUUAUAUUUCCGUAAGUUAGACUCAAUAAAAGUUGCAUCAAUGUUAAGAAGCCUGAGAGGAACAAAAUGGAGACAGCUUUCUUUAAAAACACCAAAUUUAUUACAUUUCCAAAUUGAAAAAUAAGAAAUUUGUCAAUUCUCUUCCCCUUAACUAUCACAUCUUGAGAUAAAGUGAAUAUUGUACAGAAAUGGUAAGGAAAUGUUUUGUUGAUUAAAAGGUGGCCAUGCCUCAUCUAAAAGCUUAAGUGGUUUGCUAAACAUUUGACACAGCACUUUUGACAACCUCACCAAAAAGCAACCAAAAUCCUUUGAGGUUCCACAGGAUGAUUUAUUUUGAUUUGUUAAUUGACCAAAGUAGGAAGUGAAAUGCCAACAGAUUUAGCAAUGAGUUGUCAAAAUUAAGAUUCAAAGUUAUCAAGAUUUUAAAAAGCAAACAAUAAAAUAAAGUUUUGACAUUUUAAUAUUAGCUGCAUGAAAGUGAAAGCAAAAUUUUCAGUAUAAUGCAGUGAUUAUUACAGUAAUGAGAGCUAAGGUUUGCAUUAUGAAAGCAACUAGUAAUUUUUAAAAAAAAAGCAAAACUGAAGGAAGUUGUUAGUUAAAAAAAAUUAGAUAAUGACAAUGAUGGAAUUUUGUAGCUUUUCAGUAUAAGGAAAACAACAAGUUGUAGUAGAUGAACCUCAAAGCUCAACUAAAAUUCUGUAAUCAGAAAUUUUCUUUCCACAUUUUGUGAGGAUUUGUGUUUUCACUUUAUACCUUGUUUUAAUUUUAAAACAAUCUGAUGCUUCAAGUUGUCAUCACAAACCAAAUCAAAGUUCUCUUCAUUUAAAAACUAAACCAACUUACCAAAUGAAAAAGAAACAAGUCAGCAAGUAAAAUGAUGGAACAAGAUGGAAAGGCUACAGACUUGAGAUUUAACUCAACCUUCCCUUAAUUUCCAGUUUAUCACAUUGCAAUAAGAAUUGGGGUGUAGUUCUGGAGGUUUAGUCCCAUGGCAGAAUUAAAAUGAAAAUGUAGCUACAGGGCAAUGCAGCAAAGUAUAAGGGUAGAUUGGAUUACUAAGCACAAGAAUGGAAAAAGAGGUUGAGAAGGACGAGAGGCAAAUUAAUGCUUUUAAUAGUCCUCUAGCUGUAAAAUAUCUGACCAAGAUUGUGACAAAUCACAAAGUGAGGCACGCGACUGUUAAGCCCACACAUGAACCUGUCCAAAGCAAUUGUUUAAAUAUGACACUUCAGACCGCAGGAUCAAGUUAAAUAGCUCACAGCUAAACUAUUAGACAGAGGGCCUAGCAAUGUAGAGAAGGGGCACAAAUUGGUAAGAGGCACUACUGGCAUCCCAACAGUUGUCUUGAAUUAGAAGUGGCGCAGGGACUGACGUUCUUCACCUUCCUAAUGGCAUAAGUGUGGACAGAAACUUUUAAGUACAAAAGUCUUUUAACGUAGCCCACUUUAAACGUGACCUGAUGGCACAGCAAACAGUAUGAAACAAAAAAAGAUACAAAUUGUAUCAUUUUACUCAAAACUUGGAACAGAACUCCAUUUCAAGUUUAAUUAAUAAGGGAAAUACUAUUUCCAAUGAUCAAAAUUGUGUUUCUGGUAGGAAAACCUUAUAUAGAUUUUAAGAAAAGAUGAGGGACUUUACCAAGGUGACAGUGAAAGCAAUGGAAUCUUGAGUAAUUUUAAGUUGUUGCAGUUAAAGUGUUUAGGCUAAUGUAAAAAAAAAUGUCCUGGAAAGUUUAAAAAUUGAUUGCUUAUUGAACAAAACUAACUUCCAGUAUUUAAUGACACUUUUUAAAUGAAACUAUUGGCCCAAAAAACAAAGAAGCUGUAAAUAUUUCAAAACAACCUUACAUUAUCUGUUGUGAGCACAAUUGAAAUAAUAGUGAUUCCUGAAUAUCAGUAUCAUUGAAACUGUAUCUGACUAAAUCAAGCAAUCGCUUCUCCAACUGUGCAAAUUUUCAAUCAAGCACAGAACUGCCAAAUUUAUAUUCUGGAAAAAUGCCCAGAGAACAUAUUUAUUUGGAAUUAAACUGGGAAAAAUGGCCAUACAUGAGAUAUGGGUUGGUGGAAGGUGAUGGUGAAUAAUGUUACGGAGCACUCCUCUUUAAAUCAACAAUUUAAGACAUUCAGGUGCAAACACAGCUCAACACAAAGUACAGUUGAGUAUUUUGACUUUUAGAAAAUAAACAGCAGAAUGAGAAAAUGCACACAAGCAUCAAAAAUAAAUCUGAAAAACAGUUCAUUCAACAUGGUUUGCAAAGGAAUUGAAGGAUAGCUUUUUAAGAAAAAAUACUACUGUAAACUUUCUACUUGGAAUACUGAAUAAAUGAUCAUUAUCAGCAAAAAGGGGUUGAAACUGGUGCUAAACAUACAGACUAUAAUGUUAUAAUGAAUUUGCAAUUAAUUAUUACCACCAUAGCUCACUGGAUACAAGACAUACAUUGUAUCCAGAAGUGAAAGAUAACUAAUAUGAGCUAAUAAGCACAAGCCAACAUAACUGAGCCCUGGUCAAUGUAGAACUGAUUUCUCAAUUUUAUGAUGACCAGGUUACAUCUGAACCAACCAAAGUUUCUAUGUAACAGAAUAACAACACUGAGAAUCUUUCUCUCCCAGGAAUUCUCAAACAAGGUUGAAUGAAAUGGUACAAUAUAUUCACAUCAAGUUUGCAUUCAUUUAAACUUCAUAUGCCCAGAGAAAGAGGGGAAGGGAAAGCGAGGGCGAAACUGAGGUUAAGGAAGGGGUAGAAGUGAUGGUGGGGGAGGGGAGAAAAAACAGAAAAAGUUAAUACUGCUCUCUGUGUAACACAGACAGGCUGGUGGCUAAAAGUAAAUGGAAUAAUGUUUGAACACUACAGAAAGUAGCAAGAAGUGUUUUUCAAAGAAAACUGCAUUCAUCUAAUACUGAAAUGUGUCAAGUUCUUUGCCUAUUCACUGUCAUGAAAAGAUUUGAAUUACUAUUUAUGUGUGGAAUAAAAAUGUAUAAACAGUAAA